AUGUCCAAAGAGCUUGACCAGUCUCACAGUGAGCAUGUCCAUGAUGCCAGCAACGAAAAGAAAGAAGCAGUGCAGACCCCAGAAGCCAUCGCGACCGCGCUCAACAAUGUGGGAGCUCCCUCAUUAUGGGGCAAAGGGCAUCUCAAGCUGUACAUGGCUUGCGCGCUCAUCUACCUGUGUUCGACCAUGAACGGUUACGACGGCUCACUCAUGGGUUCAAUCAAUGUUCUCUCAGAAUAUCAGGAAUACUACGGGCUGGGUGAUACUGGGUCGACCUCAACUGGCUUGGUAUUCUCCAUAUUCCAGAUUGGACAGAUGGCGGGCGCCUUGUUCACCUGGAUAUGCGACUGGAGGGGCCGCAAAUUGACUCUCGCCGUCAGCUCGUUCCUCAUCUGUGUAUCUGCUAUCUUCACUGCAGUAGCCCCGACUUUGUCUUCGUUUAUCGCCGCGAGAUUCCUCCUCAGCUUCUUUUCGACCAUCAACACCGUCGCUGCGCCGAUGCUUCUCGUCGAGAUUGCUCCUCCUCUACAACGAGCUACGGUUGCGGGAACGUAUAACACUUUAUACUAUAUGGGAAGCAUUAUUGCCACAUUCACAAUGUACGGUGCCAACAUCCAUUUGAGCGGCAACAUCAAGUGGCGUCUUCCCCUCUGGCUGCAGAUGCUCUGUCCCGGACUCGUCUGCCUCGGUAGCUGGAUGUUGCCCGAGAGUCCGAGAUGGCAGGUUGCUCAAGGAAGAAUUGAAGCAGCCCGCGAGUUCAUUAUCAAGCAUCACGCAAACGGCGACGCAGAUCACCCGAUUGUCGCCAUUGAAAUGCAAGAGAUUGAGGAUUCACUUGUUGAGGUUCGAGGCCGUUCCCAGUGGGCUUGCUUCGAUCUACGAAGCCUUUACAAGUCUCGCGCUCGCCGAUAUCGAAUUAUGCUCGUCAUCGCCAUGUCUUGGUUUGGUCAGUUUUCCGGCAACAACGUUUCGAGUUACUAUCUCCCAUUGAUGGUGGAGAAUGUCGGGAUCACUUCUACGAACAUGGUGCUUUUGUUGAAUGCGUUCUACGCACUCUCUGGAUGGGUGGCUGCUACAAUUGGAGCUCGUCUACACGAUAUUGUUGGAAGACGCAAGAUGCUGAUGGGCUCGUGUUUGAGUAUGUCUAUUGCGCUCGCUAUUGUUGCCGCCACUGCAGCAGAGUAUGAGCGAUCGGGUAGCACACCUUCAAGUUCAGCAAGCAUUGCGUUUAUCUUUAUUUUUGGGGUUGUCUUUGCCGUCGGGUUUACUCCAAUGCAGCCCAUCUAUCCAGCAGAGGUUUUAGCUAAUGAUAUGCGAGCCAACGGUAUGAUGGUCUUUAUGAUCACCUCCGGCUGCGCAGGGUUCGUCAACACUUUCGCAGCUCCGGUUGCUAUGAAGAACAUUCGGUACUGGUUCUACGUGUUUUUUGUGUUCUGGGAUCUCUUUGAGUUUACCUUCAUCUACUUUUUCUUUGUCGAGACCAAGGGCCGGACAUUGGAGGAACUCACCGCUGUAUUCGCAGCCAAGAAUCCACGCAAAGCGAGUACCCGCCGGAUCUCAGAGCCUGACUGUUAG